ACAUUCCUCACACAGCAGAUUUCACACUGUUGUCAGUGUCAGGAAAUAAAACAUUAUGAAAGCCGUCACAGCAACGACGGCACUCUUGGGCCUGGCCUCAAUGGCCACCGCUCAAUCCUCCGUCGCAUCCAUUUGCGAUCCAACGGAUGUCUGCUAUGCUCUCAACGUACCUCAAACAACGAUCAGCUCCGGCAGCGGCGAUAUUUACUUCCAGAUGACGGCGCCCACCACGUACGCAUGGGUGGCAUUGGGCCAGGGCUCCGGCAUGGCUGGAAGCAACAUCUUCGUGAUGUAUACCUCAGCAGAUGGUACCAACGUCACCGUGUCGCCGCGUUUGGGCACAGGCUAUGUUGAGCCACAACACGACACGACUGCUCAGAUCGACAUUCUCGAAGGCUCCGGCGUGAGCAACGGCAAGAUGACGGCCAAUGUGCGAUGCAAGAACUGCAACAGCUGGAGCGGCGGCUCCAUGGACUUUACAUCCAGCUCUGAUACCAACUGGAUUCAUGCCUACAAGCAGGGUAGUCCGAUGAACACUGACGACCUCACCGCCGACAUCAGACGACACGACAACGCAUCGCCUUUCAAAUGGAACUUGGCCGCUGCAUCCGGCGGCGCCGACGCCAACCCUUUCGUCGCCUCCUCUUCCUCUUCCACAGCGAACACAACUUCCACGACAGCAACUACAUCCUCCAGCUCGUCAUCGUCCAGCGCGAAGAAACAGAAAGACAUCCUCCUCGCCCACGGCGUCCUCGCCUGCGUCGCCGUCGUCGCAAUCUUCCCCUCCGGCGGAAUCCUCAUCCGCGUCGCCUCCUUCACCGGCCUGGUUUGGGUCCACGCCGCGCUACAACUCCUCGGCUACUUCGUCUACAUCGCCGCGUUCGGGCUGGGACUUUGGCUCGCGAAGACGUUCAAGUACUUCGGCAAGACCCAUCCGCGGAUUGGAAUAGUCGUGUUCGCCCUGCUCGCGUUCCAGCCUGUGUUUGGUUUCGUGCAUCAUCUACUGUUCAAGAAGCAGGGUCGACGAACGUUGGUGGGUAUCGUUCACGCGAACACGGGCCGUGUGGUUAUUCUCCUUGGAAUCAUCAACGGAGGACUGGGCUUGAAGCUCAAGGGUUCACCGAAGAAAGACAUGAUUGCGUAUGGGGUCUGCGCGGGCAUUAUGGGUGUUGCCUAUCUUGCGGCGAUCAUCCUGGGUGAGGUGAAGAUCGCGAAGAGGAACAAGUCGGCGCCGGAGGCACUGGGUUCGGAUAUGUCGAUGGAGGAGAACAAGUCGCACAGCAAUCACGUUUCGUGA